UCACAAUAUCCACUAUCCAUCUACGUACUUCGAUCUGGAUACCCACCAACUCUCCACACCAUCAAUAGUUUGCGAUCCACACAGAGCCUACCUAUCAAACUUCGAAACACGAUACCUCAAUCUAACAUCGAUAGCCCAAACUCUUAAACUUUCCUCGCACCCAAAGGAUUAGGAGGAAAUGGCCGCCAACUUGAACAGAAAUGAGUCUGUCGGCCUUACCGGUUUUAUCAACUCUGAUGUCGUAAGGGAACUGUUUGCCUUCUGCUUAGGUGGAAUAUUGGGAUUAAUCGUUUGGUUCUUCACGUAUUUCUACAUGGUUGAUUUGGUAUUCAGGCGGAUUGACGGAGCGCAGGGUAAUAGAUUCGUCGAGAGAGAUCGCAGGAAUUUUAGAGUAAAUGGAUAGCGGGAAUUUUCUUGGCGUGGAUGGUAUGGUUUGGGAGUGCGUUGGGAUACAAGGAUGUAUUGGGUGACAGCUGUUGAAUUGACUGGAGCAAUAUUGGUGUUUAGGACUUGAGGGAGGCUGAAGGUUAGGAUGGGCUGGUUGUGAAGGACCAUUAUAUACCAUGGGGGUUGCACAUGCUCAGACUUCAACGACUUUGAAUUUCACGCCGGAGCACAAUGACAAGAGAUUUAUCAAUUCAACAGAUAUUGCCAUGGCGGAACAAUAUUUUGCACUGCAUGGACGUACUGCCAUAGAUGCUGGGGGGAGAAAGAUGGAGUUUUGAGUCAGUGGCUAUACAAAACGAAUUUUCCCUCAAUAAGCACGAGGCAUCCUCAGAACUCUAUUCUAUCACCCAUUAGCUAAUCUUCAUCUAUUAGACUAUAGAACUCAAUUAAUACACACUGCGCGCAACUAAUGCGGAAUCGAAUAUAUGAAUUCUGAUGGUUGGUAUCCAUACCACCCAGUGAAUGAAGUAGGUCGAAACAACUAAUUUCGCAACCAUCAAUUGAACAUUUCGUUUCUAUUUGCCAAAAGAAAUAUGUUUUCGUUAAUAACUAAUUUUCAAAAAACCAAAAGCAUACAAAAUUCCAAAAUUAUCUUCCACAUUCAAAUAAUCUCGUGCACAUUCCACCAUUCCACCCCCCGAAAUAACCGAAAGCGGCAAAUUCCACCUUAAUUCCCAAUUAGGUCAUUUUGCUACACAUCUCCUAAAUUUCUUCUUUAUUCACCACGCACACUUCCAAUAAAUACUCUAUGAUUCUAUGAUGGCUGUUUUCUUUGCUCAUUUCUUUUUUACUUUUGGAUGAUGGGGAAUACAUGAUUUACGUGGGUCAAGAAAUAAGAAUAUGUUGAGUCUUCAUCAUGUAG